GGCCAAUCUCACGAAAUCCCAUCAGCUCACCAAGAAAUCCUCGGACGCGAAGCAUCUCUCUCGCGGCAUCGCCAUGAAAGGCCGCGCGGUUAAGCUUCGGGAGGCGCACAAGGCGGGCUCGGGCUCCCCGGCCUUCUGUUCAGUCGCCUGGUCCCCCGGGGGACAGCACGUCGUCACCGCGUCCGCCGCCGACGUCGCCAUCCUGAUCCACGACGCCGCCGCGGGGACCGGGGCCCGUGGCUCUGGUUCAGCCGCGGCCGUCGCCACGAUCCGGCUCCACAAGGACGGCGUGACGGCCGUCGCCCUCGCGCCGGGCUCCGGCGGCUCGCUCGCGUCCGGUUCCAUCGACCACUCGGUCAAGUUCUACUCCUUCCCAGACGGCACGUUCCAGAGCAACGUUGCCCGGUUCACCCUCCCAAUCCGCUCGCUGGCGUUCAACAAGAAGGGCGCCCUUUUGGCCGCCGCCGGCGACGAUGACGGCAUCAAGCUGAUUGCUACAGUCGACAACACGAUCUCCAAGGUGCUCAAAGGCCACAAGGGCUCCGUGACCGGGCUGGCUUUUGACCCCAAAAAUGAUUAUCUGGCAUCAAUCGACAGCUUUGGCACUGUCAUCUUUUGGGAUCUUUGUUUGGGCAGCGAGGCACGCAGCUUGUCGUGUGUUGCCCCGACAUUCGGUUCCGACCACUCGGUGAAGAAUACCCUGUGCUGGAGUCCCGAUGGGCACACCCUUGCUGUUCCUGGGCUGAGGAACAAUGUGGUCAUGUAUGACAGGGACACCGCGGAGGAGGUAUUCACAUUGAAAGGAGAACAUGAGCAGCCAAUAUGCAGCCUUUGCUGGUCCCCGAAUGGGAGGUACCUGGCAACUGCUGGCCUCGACAGGCAGGUGCUUGUGUGGGAUGUGAAGUCAAGGCAGGACAUCGAGAGGCAGAAGUUUGAUGAAAGGAUAUGUAGCAUGGCAUGGAAACCGGAGGAUAAUGCUAUAGUACUCAUUGAUGUAAUGGGCAAAUUUGGGAUUUGGGAAUCAGUGGUCCCUUCGACUAUGAAGUCGCCCAUUGAGGGUGCGCCUGAGCUAAACCCGCCAAGGGUUCCUUUGUUUGAUGACGAAGAUGAGGAAGAAAAGCCAAGCACAUCGGCUGGUUUUGAUGAUGAGGUCGAUGAAAGCCUUGGUGAUUCAGCACCUUUCAACCACAAGCGGUUGAGGAGAAAGGCCACAUUUGAUGACCACAUGAAUAGAGAUAGCGAAGAUGAGGACAUGAUACAUGAGAUGCAGCCAGUGAAGAGAACAAAAGGUAGGCACAAAGAUGACAAAGAGGGUGCUAAGAAGGCAAUGGAUGAUUCAGCAACUUCCGGAAGGUUGGUUACAGCAAGAAUGCAAGCUGCCUUCCAAUCCGGGUCAACACCAUCUCAUCCUGGCAAGCGAAAUUUCCUUGCUUACAACAUGCUUGGAAGUAUUACCACCAUUGAAAAUGAGGGGCACUCGCAUGUAGAGGUCGACUUCCACGACACAGGAAGAGGCCCCAGAGUCCCUUCCAUGACGGACUAUUUUGGUUUCACCAUGGCUGCACUGAAUGAAUCAGGAAGCGUGUUUGCAAAUCCAUGCAAGGGCGACAACAAUAUGAGCACUCUUAUGUAUCGCCCCUUCAGCAGCUGGGCUGGUAACAGUGAGUGGUCAAUGAGGUUUGAGGGAGAAGAAGUGAAGUCUGUGACUCUUGGUGCUGGAUGGGUUGCUGCAGUCACAAGUUUAAAUCUUUUGCGCAUCUUCACCGAAGGGGGCUUGCAGAUGCAUAUCCUCUCAGUCAGUGGUCCAGUGGUUACCGUGGCAGGUCAUGGGGAUCAGCUAGCAAUUGUCACACAUGCUUCAGAUUGCCUACCCUCGGGAGAUCAGGUCCUAGAUGUUAAGGUAUUCAACAUAACUGAGGGGGCACAAUCUGCGUCUGGUCGCCUUGUCUUGACUCCAUCCUCUCAUCUAGCUUGGUUUGGUUUCAGUGAGAAUGGCCAACUUAGUUCAUAUGACUCCAAGGGAAUACUGAGGGUCUUUUCUGGUCAGUUUGGUGGGAGUUGGCUUCCUGUGUUCAGUUCAACCAAGGCAAGAAAAUCUGAAGAUGAAAGCCACUGGGUGGUGGGUUUAGAUGCUAAUAAUAUAUUCUGCAUUCUAUGCAAAUCCCCUGAAAGUCAUCCUCAGGUGAUGCCCAAGCCUGUUCUAACUAUACUUGAGCUGUCAUUUCCUCUUGCUUCAUCUGACCUCGGAGCCAAUAGUUUGGAAAACGAGUUCAUGACAAGGAAGUUGCAUCUCUCACAGAUCCAAAAGAAAAUAGAAGAAAUUGCUGCUCUGGGUCUGGACACAGCUGCAUUUGAAGAUGAAGCAUUCAAUACAGAGGCUGCACUUGACCGGUGCAUCCUGAGACUAAUAUCUACUUGUUGCAAUGGUGAUAAGCUAGUCCGAGCCACUGAGCUUGCAAAGUUACUGACGUUGGAGAAAUCAAUGAAGGGAGCAUUAACACUUGUUACACGCUUGAAACUUCCUAUAUUACAAGAGAAGUUCAGUUCAUUACUUGAGGAGAGAAUGUUAAACGACGCAAGAAUGACUGGAACAGCUGGUGUUUGCUCGAACCCGGCCAGUACAAACUACUCACCAGCGCUCAAUAAAAUCCAACCUGCUAAAAUUGUGCAAAAUGGAAAUAACUUGGAGGCAUCCACACCAAACCCUUCUGCCCGACGAAGCAGUGCAGCUGGAUCUAAGAAGGCAGAAUUAGAACAGCCAAAAAAUAUGAAGGAAAACACUGCAAAGCUUUCACCCGCGGUCACCCCUUCAGCCAAGAUACCCAAGAAGACCGAUACCUCUGAAGGGAAAGCAAAGAGGGAGAGGGAUGGAACAGCGGGCGUGAGUACAGCUGAACAGAUUCUGAAAGGAGGCAUUGAUCAGGCUGGUGCUAAAAAUAAGAGCAGUGAAGACGGCAGCCGAGGAGAGCCUCAACGGCCACUUAACCCAUUUGCAAAAUCUUCAUCCAACAAAGAACAGUCAUCAUCGCUUUUGGAUUCCAUAAAAAAGAUGAAGGUUGAAAGCGAGAAAGUUGAUAAAGCCAACAGCAAGAAGGUGAAAGUAUAAUUGUUUUUUCUUGUCAUUUGGACCUGAACCUGCAGGAUGGAAACUGGCAGUCAGUCACCUUUAACUAACAUAUGAAGUGCUUUUCCUUUCCACUUAAAAUUCUGGUAGUGUAGUUGGACAGCUCCUGAGUUUACUUUGUAGUCUGGAUGUACUUUUCGGACAAUAAACUUUGUAGCUUGGAUGUUCUAUUCAUAUCGUCGUUUAUAAUAUUCAUCCCCUGUCGAA